AUGGCUUCCGGCACAACCACCCCCUCUUCUCAAACGCCCACGACUCCCAGCAAUCAGGUUCGUUAUGUGGUAGAACAUGAAUUCGAGUCCAUGAGAGGCCACUACGGCGAUACACCACCAGCAGUCAACUCCAUGGACUCAAACUCAGACCGUCUCCUCAUCUGCACAGCCUGCGGCACGCAGUAUGACACCGAAGACCGCGAACUCUUAACGCGGUGUCGCAUCUGUGACGACCCACGCCAGUUCGUGCCGCCGGCCGGCCAAGCCUUCACCACCUUGUCGGAACUAAAGAGGCAAGGCUGCAAAAACAAAUGGAAGGUUAUUGAUGAGGACGACCGCUUCUGGAGUAUUUGGACCGAGCCCAAGGUAGCUAUUGGGCAGAGAUGUAUUUUGAUCAAAACGCCGUUUGGCAAUGUGCUUUGGGAUUGCAUCACGUUUCUUGACGAGGAGACAAAGGAGUCUAUUAAUAGUCUUGGGGGCCUUGCAGCUAUCGUUAUAAGCCACCCGCACUAUUAUACCACGCAUCUGGAGUGGGCAGAUGCUUUUGACUGUCCGGUGUAUUUAAGUUGGGAGGACAAGCAGUGGCUUAACCGCCUUGAUCGACUCGGCAAGGCCAGGACGUUUAUCGAGGGCACGGAAGAGGAGAUUGAGGUUAGGGGAGAGAAGACGGGUGUUAAGGCUUUGAAGCUCGGUGGACAUUUCCCUGGGAGUUUGGUAUGUUUGGCGUACAAAAAGUUACUCGUAGCGGACACCCUCGUCACCGCACCGGCUGGACUGGGUGAUUGGAGUAAGGGUCCUGAUGGAGGAAAGGGAGGCAGGCCACCUGGGAUGACUUCGUAUUCCUUCAUGUGGAGUAUUCCCAACAUGAUUCCUCUAUCAGCUGAAGAGAUUGUUGGGAUGUGGAGUGUUUUGCAGAAGCAUGCAUUUUCAUCGACGCAUGGAGCAUUUGUGGGGACAGAAAUAAGAGAUAAAUAUGGUGGAAGUAAGGAUGGCGUUAAAAGAAGGGUAUUGGAUUCCAUGAAGACACAAGUUUGGAGGAUGGGCUGGAGAGACCACAAAUUCUUACGAGAAACAUGA